AUGGUGGGCUCUAAGAAACGGUGCCAGCUGCCCCACCAGGAUAUAAGCAUCGAGAAGAUCAUCAUGCAUGAGGGAUACCCGAAGAACAUCACCCAGAACGACAUAGCACUCAUAAAGUUGGACCGGGACGUGGUGUACUCAGCUCACAUCAAUUCCAUAUGCCUGCCGCUGUAUCCGUCACUGCAAAAGAACGUGCUGGGUCAGACGCUGUACCUGGUGACUGGCUGGGGGCGCACUGAAAGCGGCCGCCCCUCCGAUGUGCCAAUGGAGGCCUGCUCCGGAGACUCUGGCGGACCGCUGCAAUACCCGUUCCGCUUCUACGGAAAGCAGCGCUUCGUGCAGGCGGGGAUCGUCAGCGUGGGGUCGAGACAAUGCGGUAUUGAAACUUACCCGUCGGUGGCCACGAACGUAGUGGUGUUCAUGCCUUGGAUCACGAAGCAGACGGCGGUGGUGUAG